AUGGGUGCAUCAGGCUUAGGUUCUGGUUUAGCAAAUUGCAUUAAUCUCUCAAAUUUGACACUUAACCUUGUUGGUAAUUAAAUUGGUGACGAAGGUGCAUCAGGCUUAGGUUCUGGUUUAGCAAAUUGCAUUAAUCUCUCAAAUUUGACACUUAACCUUGUAAUAAAUUAAAUUGGUGGAAUGGGUGCAUCAGGCUUAGGUUCUGGUUUAGCAAAUUGCAUUAAUCUCUCAAAUUUGACACUUAACCUUGUUGGUAAUUAAAUUGGUGACGAAGGUGCAUCAGGCUUAGGUUCUGGUUUAGCAAAUUGCAUUAAUCUCUCAAAUUUGACACUUAACCUUGUUUAUAAUUAUAUUGGUGCAAUGGGUGCAUCAGGCUUAGGUUCUGGUUUAGCAAAUUGCAUUAAUCUCUCAAAUUUGACACUUAACCUUUAGUAAAAACAGUUUAUUUGUUUUGGAUUGUGA